AUGCCAACCCCUCUGAUCCGCUCACAACCCAUAUCAACCGCAUUAUCACCCAUAGCAGGACCCAGUAAACCUCCUUCGACCACAUCAUCCAAGACCCGAUCGUCCUCCACUUCAUCUCGCUGUUCGACCGCAACUUCACUGGACGAUCUCAACGAUAUAUCCAGGAUCAACCAUUUCAGACCCAUGUACGAUAGUAGUUCUUCAAUGGAGAGCGAUAUGAGCGGGAUGACUAUAACAGCACUGGAUCAGAAUGAGCGUAGUGCAUCAAUCAAGCAUGCAGACGAUCAUCAGAAACAGAGAAAAUUCCCAGAAGAGGAAGAUGAGGAUAUUUUGAGGGAGUCAAAUGAUAGAUUCGUAUUGUUUCCUAUAAAAUAUAGAGAGAUAUGGCAAGCAUACAAAGCGUCCCAAGCGUCCUUCUGGACAUCCGAAGAGCUCGAUCUCGGACACGAUUUGCAUGAUUGGAACGAGAAGCUGACUGAGCAAGAGAGGUUCUUCAUUCUGAGGAUUUUGGCUUUCUUCGCUGCUAGUGAUGGGAUAGUGGGGGAAAACAUCGUGUCGCAGUUCUCGAUGGACGUCCAGAUAUCCGAAGCUAGAGCGUUCUACGCAUUCCAGAGUAUGAUGGAGCAGGUGCACAGUGAGACGUAUAGCCUGUUAAUAGAGACGUAUGUGAGAGAUAGUGAGGAGAAGGAAUUUUUAUUCAGAGGAAUAGAGAAUAUCCCGUGCGUAAGGAAGAAAGCUGAUUGGGCAUUGAAGUACAUAACGGAUGACAUGCCCUUCCGACUCCGACUCGUCGCUUUCGCAUGUGUCGAAGGAAUCUUCUUCUCGGGAUCUUUCGCCGCCAUUUUCUGGCUUAAGAAAAGAGGAUUGAUGCCUGGGUUGACAUUCUCUAACGAGCUGAUCAGUAGGGAUGAAGGUACACAUACUGAUUUCGCAUGUCUGCUGUACAAUCACCUAAAACACCGAUGCUCUGAAGAAGAAGUACAUAACAUAGUCACAGAAGCAGUGGUCAUCGAAAAAGAAUUCUUGACCGAUGCUUUACCCUGUGCUCUGAUUGGGAUUAAUGCGGAUUUGAUGUGUCAAUACAUCGAAUACGUCGCCGAUCGAUUGAUAGUCGAUCUCGGUUAUUCCAAGAUGUAUCAUGCCAAGAACCCAUUCGAUUGGAUGGAAUUGAUUUCGCUACAAGGCAAAGCAAAUUUUUUCGAAUCUCGAGUAUCAUCCUAUCAACUCGCCAAUGUCUCUCGAUCUGGUACACCUUCUUUACCUGAGAAAGGUGGAGAUGAGCGAUUGUCAAGAAGGGUAUUCAGGACCGAUGCUGAUUUUUAG